AUGGAGGCCCCGCUGCGGCCUGCGGCGGCGGACAUCCUGCGGCGGAACCCGCAGCAGGACUACGAGCUCGUGCAGCGGGUCGGCAGCGGCACCUACGGGGACGUCUAUAAGGCCAGAAAUAUACAUACGGGAGAGUUGGCUGCAGUAAAAAUUAUCAAAUUGGAGCCUGGAGAUGAUUUUUCUUUGAUUCAACAAGAAAUAUUUAUGGUUAAAGAAUGUAAACAUUGCAACAUUGUUGCCUACUUUGGGAGCUAUCUCAGUCGGGAAAAACUGUGGAUUUGUAUGGAAUACUGUGGUGGCGGAUCACUUCAAGAUAUUUACCAUGUUACUGGACCAUUAUCAGAAUUGCAAAUAGCCUAUGUAUGCAGAGAAACUUUACAGGGUCUUGCCUAUUUGCAUACUAAAGGCAAAAUGCAUAGAGAUAUCAAAGGUGCAAAUAUUUUAUUGACAGAUCAUGGUGAUGUAAAAUUAGCUGACUUUGGUGUAGCUGCAAAAAUAACAGCUACAAUUGCAAAGAGAAAAUCUUUCAUUGGCACCCCUUAUUGGAUGGCCCCAGAAGUCGCAGCAGUAGAAAAGAAUGGUGGCUACAACCAGCUCUGUGAUAUCUGGGCAGUAGGAAUAACAGCAAUUGAACUUGGAGAACUUCAACCACCUAUGUUUGAUCUUCAUCCAAUGAGGGCCCUCUUCUUAAUGUCCAAAAGUAAUUUUCAGCCCCCAAAACUAAAAGACAAAACAAAAUGGUCAUCAACAUUCCAUAAUUUUGUCAAAAUAGCACUAACCAAAAACCCAAAAAAAAGACCAACUGCUGAAAGACUUCUGACUCAUACAUUUGUAGGACAGCCAGGUCUCUCUAGGGCCCUAGCAGUUGAACUUUUGGACAAAGUGAACAAUCCAGACAACCAUUCACAUUACACUGAAGGAGAUGAUGAUGACUUUGAGCCCCAUGCAAUCAUUCGUCAUACCAUUAGAUCUACAAACAGGAAUGCCAGAGCUGAACGGACAGCUUCAGAAAUAAAUUUUGACAAGUUACAGUUUGAACCUCCUUUGAGAAAAGAAACAGAGGCACGGGAUGAAAUGGGAGUAUCAUCAGACCCAAACUUUGUACUACAGUGGAAUCCUUUUUUUGAUGGUGCAAAUACUGGAAAAUCAACCUCAAAACGGGCAAUACCACCUCCCCUUCCUCCUAAGCCAAGAAUAAACAGUUACCAUGAAGACAACCUUCUAGAUGAAGAAAAAUCAUCAACUAUAAAACGUUGCCCUGACUCAGAGAACAGAGCUCCCCAAGUUCUCAGAAGACAGAGUAGCCCAAGUUGUGUUCCUGUAGCUGAGACUUCCUCUAUUGGAAAUGGUGAUGGUAUUUCAAAACUGAUCAGCGAAAAUACAGAAGGAUCAGCACAAGCACCACAGCUCCCACGAAAAAAGGACAAGCGAGAGUUCCCUAAACCGGUCAUCAAUGGCCUCCCACCCACUCCAAAAGUGCUGAUGGGAGCAUGUUUUUCCAAAGUUUUUGAUGGCUGCCCUUUGAAAAUUAAUUGUGCAACAUCCUGGAUACAUCCUGAUACAAAAGAUCAGUACAUUAUUUUUGGAACUGAAGACGGUAUUUACACAUUGAAUCUCAAUGAGCUACAUGAGGCAACAAUGGAACAGUUAUUUCCAAGGAAAUGUACUUGGCUCUAUGUCAUCAAUAAUACUUUAAUGUCAUUAUCGGGAAAAAGCUUUCAGCUCUAUUCGCAUAAUCUUAUAGCUUUGUUUGAACAAGCCAAAAAACUAGGAUUAGCUGCUCAUAUUCAAACUCAUAGGUUUCCAGACCGCAUACUACCAAGAAAGUUUGCUAUAACUACAAAAAUUCCUGAUACAAAAGGCUGCCACAAAUGUUGCAUAGUCAGAAACCCUUACACAGGACAUAAAUACCUCUGUGGAGCUUUACAGUCUGGAAUUGUUUUACUUCAGUGGUAUGAGCCAAUGCAGAAAUUCAUGUUGAUAAAGCACUUUGAUUUUCCUCUGCCAAGUCCUUUGAAUGUUUUUGAAAUGCUGGUAAUACCAGAACAAGAAUACCCUAUGGUCUGUGUAGCUAUUAGCAAAGGCACGGAAUCAAAUCAGGUAGUUCAGUUUGAGACAAUCAAUUUGAAUUCUGCAUCUUCAUGGUUUACAGAAAUUGGUGCUGGCAACCAACAGUUAGAUUCCAUUCACGUAACACAGUUGGAAAGGGAUACCGUUUUAGUGUGUUUAGAUAAAUUUGUAAAAAUUGUAAAUCUACAAGGAAAACUAAAGUCAAGUAAGAAACUGGCCUCUGAGCUAACUUUUGAUUUUUGCAUUGAGUCUGUAGUGUGCCUUCAAGACAGUGUGUUGGCUUUCUGGAAACAUGGAAUGCAGGGGAAAAGCUUCAAAUCAGAUGAGGUUACCCAAGAGAUUUCAGAUGAAACAAGAGUUUUCCGCUUAUUAGGAUCAGACAGGGUUGUCGUUUUGGAAAGUAGGCCAACAGAAAACCCUACUGCACACAGCAAUCUUUACAUCUUGGCUGGACAUGAAAAUAGUUACUAA